UUUUGUUUCCUGCCUGGAAUCUUUUUUCAUUGUUGUUAGCCACCCAACGCGUCUCGGCCAUAUAAAGCUCCGAAGCCGCGACCCAAGGCGAGCUGCGCGGGGCGGUCCACCGAAGCAACCUGGCGUGCUGCGAUACUCGGGUGACCAGUUUCUGUCCACAGCAGUACGGUGUAAGGAGCUUUAUUCUAACAUCAUGUCUCCUGUUGGUAUUGCUGCCUUCCUGACUUUAUUGGUUCAGGCACACUGCCAGAUUCAGUAUGAUAGGCACCAGCCUUACAUCCCGCAGCCAGUGUAUCCCGUUACCGAGACGGUGACCGUAACAGUGACCCAGACAAUUCGCAUCCCCGUGACGUCCGAUAUUUGGGUGAGCACAGCGACUCCAUACACCGUGAGGGUGACAAGUCUCGCGACUGACUACACUUACGUCCCCGACCAUGCAGAGACUGUCACUGCCGUCGUUGCCGUCACAAACACUCCUGUCUCUGUUGUGCGCGAGACGAGCUGGAUCAACCCGGUCCGGACGGCAGUAUCGGUCUAUACUACGUUCUUGACGGAAACUGAAAGGAAGGACUUGUACCACACUGUUACUCAUGUCGAUGUCCAUCACGAGAUUAACACCGUGGCUGUGCCGUCCGUACAGACCCUUGUACAGAAGGAAACGACCACCACCAUCAGGCUCGCCACCGUCACCGUUACCUCCACUACCUUCGGCUACCAUUAAAGAGCACUUCAAAGCUAGACCAUGAAAGCAUUUAAAUUGUGUACGUACGUUUGUUUGACAAUAAACUCUUAGUCUGA